CGCAGCUACCGACAGCCUGCCACCAGACGGCCGUCGCCCGGGCCCCUUUGACAUGCACCCGCCCGAAGACACGUCUGAGUUUGGCGAAGAAAACUCAGAGACCAAUGACGUCGGCGACGAUCAGGCACCAAAGCCCCAGCCCCAGAAACGACGCCGAGUAACGCGUGCCUGCGACGAGUGCCGGCGCAAGAAGAUCAAGUGCGACGGCAAGCAGCCCUGCACCCAUUGCACCGUCUACAGCUAUGCAUGCACCUACGACCAGCCCUCGAACCGCCGGCGCAAUGCCACCCCCCAGUACAUCGAGGCCCUGGAGAGCCAGCUCAAGCGCGCCAAAGCCCUGCUGCACGUCGUCCUGCCCACGGUCGACCUCAACGACCCCGCCAUCGACGCCCAUCUGCAAAACGGCAUGCUCCCCCAGCUGCCCCAGGUAACGGCCCGCCCGCCAAUCGUGUCCAUGGAACCACGCGUGCCCCAGCACCACGCACCGCCCCCCCACGCCGACGACGUGUCUGACUCUCAUCUCGAGGCAAUGGUAAAGGCAACGGGCCAGCUCGAUCUCGACGAGGAAGGGAACUGGGACUACCAAGGCCACUCCUCGGGACUGAGCUUCAUGAGGGGACUACGACAGUUUGAUGAUAUGUUCCAAAUUCCUGCAGAUGAAUCCUCAUCCUUUAAGCAACGCACCAUGCUCUAUGAUGCCCCCUCGCCCAGUGUUCUUUCCCUAACCGGACCCAUGUCCUCACCGGUCAACGUGCCUCUGCCCAACCGGGACGAGGCACGCGCCCUGUGUGACAACGCCAUCAUACAGUACAGUGCCAUGCUCCGAGUCGUCCAUCUCCCUACCUUUCACAAGCAGAUGGACCGCGUCUACGAAGUCCCGUCUGACCAGUACGGGUCCGCCGAAACUAGCUUCUUGCCUCUGUUCUACGCUGUCCUGGCCCUCGGCAAGCUAUACUCGGAAAACGACGACGGCCUUGACACGGCCGGCUACGACACCCUGACCGACGAAGGACUCAAGUAUUUCAAAGCCUCGCGCCAGCUUCUUGAUAUUACUGACUGUAGGGAUCUGACUUCGCUCCAAGCCAUCAUUUUUAUGAUUCAAUUCCUGCAAUCAUCCGCCAAACUCAGCACAUGCUAUGCCUACAUUGGCGUUGCACUGCGCUCGGCAUUGCGUAUAGGUCUGCAUCGCUCCUUCAACGUCAAGUUCUCCCCUAUCGAGGCCGAGACGCGCAAACGCAUAUUCUGGGUCAUUAGGCGAAUGGACACGUAUGUUGGCGCCAUGCUCGGAUUGCCGCGAUUCUUGGAAGACGAAGACAUUGAUCAGGAGUGGCCCGUCGAAGUGGAUGACGAGUACAUUACAGAGACUGAAAUCCUGCCCAUGCCAGAGGGAAGCAUCUCCUUCAUGGCUGCCUUCAAUGCCCACACUCGUCUUGUACAAGUGCUGAACAAGAUCUGUAAAUACGUAUACCCCAUCAAGGGAACACAGUCAGGCGGCAAGAACUCGGUGACUUACACCGUAGGCUACUCCAAGAUUCGCGAAAUCGAGCAGGAUUUGGCACGCUGGCUCAACGAACUGCCGGUUGCACUGAAGCCUGGCGGUGACGCUCCCCCAAUCAUCAAGAGGGUUCAACAGCUUCUUCGCAUGGCUUUUGGACAUGCCCAAUUACUGCUCUACCGACCAUUUCUCCACUAUGUUUCGCAAUCCUGCAAUGUCAACAUGGUCGACCAAAGGGCCUUUGCUUGCGCCUCGGCCUGUGUCAACGUCUCACGCAACGUCAUUCACAUCUCUACAGAGAUGCGCAAACGCGGUCUGUUAGCUGGAGCAUAUUGGUUCUCCAUGUACACGACAUUCUUCGCUAUUGUGUCGAUUCUGUACUUUGUAUUGGAAAAUCCGACCAGUCCAACCAGCUUUGAAUUAUUGCGAGAUGCUGUCGAAGGCAAGGAGGUUCUGGCCUAUUUUGCCAAGAGAAGCCUGGCAGCGGACAGGUGCAGUAUUGCGCUGAAGGGCAUGUUUGAACGACUACCAGAAUCGAUAAGACAUGGCGGGGAAAUCAUCGCCUCGAAAAAGCGCCGACAAGGGAGCUCACCACAGUCCACAGGGAUGCGACCGACUUUUCUCGGUCAAAACGAUGCUGCAGGCCCGCGGCGUGCGAGCACUUAUCCCGACUCAAUUCCACACAUCAAGACAGCCGGUUCCGGGCAAGCAUGUCCAUCUGCCCAUCACCAGUUUAAUGGGAUGACUUUGAACUCCACAUACCCUUCACACGCCAUGUCGAACCCUAACAUUUUCGACGGUGUGCCUGAUCUUACGCCUACAUCCUCCAACGACAGCUUACCGAGCUUCGGUAUUGCCUCUAUUCACGAUCCGCAACAGAGCACGGCCUACAAUCCCCCAAUUCUGAGUAUUGCAUUUGCAGAUGCGUCGGGCAUGAAUGUUCCGAUUGCGGAUAUAUCGACCAUGAUGUUUCCUUCGGCCGACCCCCUCGCCUAUCCAAACCAGCCAAUGACUGCCUUUGAGAACAAGCACCCACACGCAUUUGAUCGCACCAGCGGCCCGCCGGUAAGCAGCGGCCUGGUGCCUCAAAUGUCGACCAGUAUGGACCCGAAAGGACAUGCCGCAAUGUUUGCACCGACCAGUAUGCCAAACGGCCAAGGCCGGCACCAGACUGACACGGAAGCUCAAUUAUUUGGCCCUAUGCCCAUGUACAUGAUGCAAGGCGCGCAGCAAUACCGAGGCUACCAACCGCAGCCAGGAAUGCAGAUGCCGGGACCGAACAGUGUGCAGUUUGAUGAGCUACUCAACCAGGAGGACUGGUCACAGUCUUUUAUGGACCCCGCGCUGAGCAUGGGCAAUGGACGGGUAGCACAGACCCAGUUCACUCAGCAUGGAUGGCGCUAAGACAGCGUCCCCGACACUGUUCAAUUCUUCAAUGUGACCCAUGAUUCCAAAUUUGACGACAGGUUGGAGCUCGGGCUCUUCGUGCGAAUCCAAGUCGUCACUACAACUCCUACUUCUUCCAGCCGCUAGGCUUGGUACGUCACGAGCAACGGCCGUGCCUUCUUUUUUUUUUCCGAGUACAACUGAUUUCCAUUGGCGUUUUCGAGUACCAAAAGCAUUAUACCCCCAAGGUCAACCGGCUGGCACCGACGAGUUAAGCGUUUUUCCAACGGUUUGCGUAGGGUGAGGACAGAGCCUCACUGCUCGAAGCUUUAACUGAAAUGUUGACUUCGAACGCGACCUGUCCAAUGCAUUUUUAGCGUUGAUUUUCGAUUACUGAUUUCAUACUCUUGUCAUUGCAAUCUAGGGCGGCGUUCGACUAAGCAGUCUAGAGAGGAGAAUGUAUGGGCUUUGCGAUUACUAUUUUCUUUGGGUGUUAAGAGCUAUAUUGUUGCA